AUGAGCUCAGAAACCGAGAGAACGGCUAAAGCGGAUGAGGUGAAAGGAGCCAGAAGCACUGCUGUGGUGGCUACAAUGGAAAGGAAUAGAUGGUGUGGAAGUGUUCAAAGAGUUUCAUGCGCAUUAGAAAGAGAUGAGGACCUCAUAGAGAGUCUAUGUGACAUACUUGAAACAAAUGCGUUUCAAAUAAAACGGAAGGUAGAGGACCUGAAGAUAAGAAACGAUAAUCAGGACAUUGAAAAGACAGGACUGAAUCAAGUCAACGUUCUCAUCAAAAUCCAAACCAACAUGCAGAACGAACGAAGAUCUGUUGGAACUCAGAGCCGCACUCGAGUCAGCGUUCAAUGGGCUCUGAAGACCAACUACAGACGGCAAAACCCAAGGAAUAGUGUUGCGUUGAUCGUUAAAGCUUCAACGAUACAACCUCCAGGUACAGUGGAUCAAAGGGAGGGGAGCAUCGUAGCGUACGCGCGAAGUCGAGGUGCAGUAGAAGCACUCGAAGAUCAAGACGUCACAGAAAGGAUACGUGUAGCAGUAGUAUGCCCAAUAAAGACGGAAGAAUUCGAAUGGCUGGAAGAGUUUCAACGAGAUGAAAACUGGUCACACGUGAUAAAGCUUUGGAUUAACGGCAAACUCGUCGAAGUGAUCGAGAUAAACGGAAUGAAAGGACCAGUUCGAGUAUCUGAUUUCGUGUUAGAACAUAGCCAGCUAAAAAUGUUUCAAGAAGAUGGUUCAUUAGUUCUGAUUGUACUUAAGAGCGUUCGGUUUGACCUGUUUUUAAGAGCGCAUGCAGGCGUUUUGGCCCGACAUAGACAAAAGGACGAAAGGGUGCAAAACUUGCUUAGUAAGCCAUCCCAAAAGAAUAGUGCACCCCCUUCAAACCCCGUAUCAACAACGAAACUGUACGAUAUCGCAGGAGUUGAUCUAGUGAAGACGAACGACAUUGGAAAAUCGCGAUGCUGUAAGACCACUUUCCCAAGUUUGCGGCCCAAUAAAUGCACAGAAUUUGAAAACAAAAUCACGGAAGAACUAGAAAAAGUUGCAAACAUUAAGCACGUCUUUAGGAAAGGGUACAACCCACGUGAAAAUGGUAUAACUGAAGGAGUGAAUGGUACAAUUGUUGCAAUGCUGCGGAAAACGACGAAGAUACCCACGGAAUGGGACGAAAGACUCCUCUUCUGUAUGAAGGCCUACAACAUGACAUCACAUAGUUCCAAUGGAGAAAGUCAUUAUUUCAUACUGCAUGGUAUUGACCCUACUACCCAUCAAAUUCCAUCCCCGUACAAGAGUACACAAUCGACACGCAUACAGAAGUCUUUUGACUUUAUGGACUGGGGAGCAUUUGACUUUAUGGACUGGGGAGCAUUUCAAGUAACGAUCUAG